AUGUUGAUUCCAAGGGCGACCAUCAAACCAUUUUCGACCGAGCUGCCAGUCGAGUGCGAGGAAAUCAUCAGGUCUAUGGUGGACGGUGUCUCGAAUCCAGUAGAUUUCUGCAAGCAACUCGAGACGUUGGUCGAAUUAUGUGGUCAGACGGGCAAAGUGGAGAUGAGUCGAUACUUCGAAGUCUUAAACAAAUGUGAUUCAGUUUUGCGGGUAGCUAUUCAACCAGUAGAAGGUGGACAUGCGUUGUACAUUGAUGUUCACGACAGUUUGGAUUCGGUUCUGAUUGCUGUGUUGAAGUUCACCGCCGCUUUGUUCGAAAACAGCUUCUCAAGAUCGGUCUACAAUUCGUUCGGCGUAAGUUUGUUACUAUAAUUUCUUGUGACUUUAGGAGCAAUAAGUUAAGGUUUGGGGGUUGAAGGACCUACAAAUUUUUAUUUAAGUUUAUUUUUUCAGGAAUUAAUCAAGCUUCUGGAUACCAGAAAAACUAAGAUUCUUAUCUACGCCCUCCGUGUUAUGGUAGCAAUAUCGAAAACUUCACGGUACAUUUCACAGCACGUCGACUCGAAUCAUCAGAAGCUCAUGAACUCAAAAUUGACAGCCAUGACGCACAUUUGUUCUGAAACCGUGUAUGGCAAAUUGUCAGAGGUUAUUAAUUUGAAGGAAAAACCUGAAAGACAUGGACUGAUAACAUUUAAAGUUGAUGGGAAACAUCAAACAAUUCAAUUGGACGACAAAAAGACGUAUCUGCAACAGAAGGCGGAGUUGUUUGAGAUGUCCAAGAUUGAAAGCGGGACUGAAGCUGAAGAUAACAUUGAGAAGAAUGUUGUUAUAUCAGAGUUGAGAUUCUUUUACUCUUUUGACAAUUUUGAAACCAGGCUUGAAUGCAUCGUAUCGAAGUUAAUGGCAAUAUCUUCUUUAUGUAAGUUUCAUUUUUUUGGUUUUGAAUUUUUAGGUAACAAAUGACAAUUGGAACUUGAAGUGUUUUAAUAAUAUAUAUCGAUGUUUCAGUCUACUCUCGAUGUCUACUGGACGACUGGGGCGUUGGAUUUAUACUGAACGAACGGUUGGUGGAGGAAGUGAGCGCGAUUGUACAACUGGACACCAGUGCAUAUGAUCCUUCAUUAAAGAGUUGUUUGGAUACGUUGAGGACGGAAGCAUUAAAGGCAUUGGCUAGUAUAGUAUUCUUGGAGAAGCCCAGGAAGUAAGUUGAAGUACAUUUUGUUAAUUUAAAGUAAAAUUAAAAAAACUCGUUUUUAAAGGUGAUCUUAGCUGAGAAUAUGCUCUUUAUGAUAAUCUUUAAAGUUAUUUUUGCAAUUCAUACUAUAAUAUUUAACUUAUUAGGUUACAACUGGUUGUGGAUUCGCUUGGCUUCAACUCUUUUUUGGGAUAUGGUGCUUUAUUGGUGCGAAGGGUGGUUGAAAACUUGAAGAAGGACAACACGAUGGUAGAGACUCCAGGAUUUGUAACAGCAUUGUUUUCUCUUAUCUAUCACAUUGCUGGGUUUGAAUACGGUGAGGCUUUUAAUUUGGAAUUUGGUGAUUUUAGUAGCUUCUAUGUUAUGAUUCGUAACCUAUGUUAUCAUUACCCUUGUUUCAGCUGGCAAUGCUCUUGUUAACAUCUCAACGAUUCCAACAUUGUUAGAAGUCGUCAGUUUAACAGCUCUACCUGACGCUCAUCUUAGUUUCUCGACACGAGCUGUUCGAAUUAUUGACAUUUUGACCUCCAUCAACUUCACUGAGUUCAAUAACCAUAACGGAUUGAAUGUUAUUGUAGACAGACUUAUCUUUGAAGUUGGAAGAUGUGAGGAAUUUAUCAAAUCUCACGAGCCAGAACCGAACAGAAAAUACGUUGUGCAUCACUACAGGUCAGCUCUGAUCAAAAGUCUCCUGAACUUUAUGAAGCGAGCUGUAGUAGACUCGAACUACGGCGCUCAUGUCAGAACAAGUAAGUCAAUGUUGUUAUUCUUAAAAUUUUAUGAUUUUAGUUAUGGAAGGAAACCUGCCAAAGGCGUUGGUCAAGAUCAUAAGCAAUCCACAGUUCUUUGGCUCAUCGUUGCUAUAUUGUGGUAAGUUGGCUCUGUUGACUUUUGGGAUAAUUGCAGUCAUACUAUGCUAUUCAAAAAGAAUUAUACUAAAUGUUUUAUUGUUGUCGUAAAAAGUUUUUGUUACUUAAGUUUAUUUUAGCAUUGGACUUGCCGACCGUAUUUAUAUUUCAAGAGCCGGCACAGUUGAACCUACUACAAGAUCAAGGACUGUCUGAAGCAAUUAUCGACUUGUUUUUCAACGAUGACUUUCCUGUUAGUAGGGAAAUCAUUGCUUCUUUGCCGAAUAUCUGCUCGGCUUUGUGUUUGAAUGAACGAGGUUUGAAGGCGUUUAACGAACGACAACCUUUGGCGCGGAUUCUGAAGCUGAUUUUCUCUGCCAAGUUUAUUCAAACUUUGAAGAAACGGAAGAACGAACUCCGUAAGUUUUAUAUGACUUUAGUUUUAGUUAAUUUUAGAAAAGUAAAAACUGCCUUUAUUCUGAGGUUUUAUUGUAUUUUUAGAUGAUCUGGCUUCGCAGUUGGGAACUACAUUCGACGAAUUAAUGCGACAUCAACCAACGUUGAGAAAACCGUUGAUAGUUGCCUUGGCCAACAUCUUGAAAGAGUUAAUUGAUCUGACGCAGCGGAGCGACGUUCAGUGCGUUCAGAAUCUGCCAAUCAAAGGAAUCGAAUGGAAAAAGCCUGACAAGAACGAGAAACUCGAUUUGUCAGUAGAAACGAGUCAAGCCAACGAGUUCGAAGCUGCCAUGAAGGAAUGGAGUGUGAACGAAAUGAUGGAGCUGGAUCAAAAAGCAGUGACCAAGUAAGUUUUGCCUUUAGAAUGACAUUUAUAUAUAACAACUUGCAGAUAUUUUACUAUCUUAUACUGUGGUCCAUAAAUAGUUUUUAUAUUAUCAUAAAUGCAAUUUCAGCACAGAAAGAUUGUUGGUGGUGAAGAUUGCUGUGGACAAAGAGGUCAACUUUGACCUGCUACAGGAUAACCAGCUUUUAUCGGCCGAUUUCCUCUCACUGUAUUCUCGGAUGGUUGAAGCGAUUCUCUCAAACAGUAAUGUGUCCGAGAACAGUGUUGUCAUGAUGGAGUGUGACAUUGCUAAUCACAUGCUCAGCGUGGUGCUGGCAGAGAAGACAAUUUUGGGGUCACAAACUCCCAGCUUCAUGAAUUGUUUUUCUAACAUCUGUCGGCUGUUUUUGGUAGGUUUUACAAAAAAUACCUAAAAUCUGAAGUAUUAUUUGAUUUAUAUGUCAUGGAUAACAUAUUUUUUUGUUUUAGCAAACGAAGAAGAUCGCGCCUUACAGUAUGCUGGCUGUGGCAUUCCGAGAACAGUUGAAGAAGUUGGACGUAGAAGGACACAUCUACGAGAAGAUGAAGGCUGAUAAACCUGUUCCGGAACUGUCACGACUAUUUACUUUGGCUAGCAUAUUUUCAAGCUUCACAAAACAUGGUCUCAAUAUUAACCAUGAGAUGAGAGCAUUAAUUCUUCACUACAUUUCCGUCGAUUCCGAGGGAGUUAUGCUGAUUCCAGAACUGUUCGAAGUCGUGACUUAUUAUUCUACUGUCAUCUCUAAACUUCAUAUACACAACUUGGCGAAGAAGGUCAAGAAAGAGGAGUCAAAGGAGAAAGAUGCUGACAAGACUGUCCCCAGUUUUGUACUUCCGGCAGAUGCUCCAUUGGCCUCACUCAGCCGAAUUACAGAUCCUUCGAGAAUUUCUGGAUCUAGGAGACAAUCGAUUAUUGUUGGAAAUGCCGUUGCUGGAGAUGCCACUUCUUUGUGCCACGUCUACAAAUCUAUCAUUGAUGUCAUCGAACAGAUCUCCAAACAUUGUAAUUCAACCAGAGUUCGAAGAGGUACCGACCCAUACCAAUCGUCCGUUUCAAAGAUUCCAGAAGCUUUGUUCAGAGAGACCAGCAAUUUGUUGGAUUUGGAAAAGGUGGACUUUGGAAUACGGUAAGUAUCCUCAGUUUUUUGUAAAAAAUUUAUUUUUCAAACAGCUACUUUUAGUUCAAUGCCAGUUAUGAGCUAAUGUGCCUAUUUUAGGGCUUGUUACGCGUCCAACGUGUUGCCCAUCCUUCGAAAACUAUUGUUCGAUGAUAGCCGAAACGUGUAUCCGAUGAUGAUUUCGUACUUCUACGAAACCGGCUGUCACAAAGCCUUCUUUUAUAUGGUAGAAGUGUUGGUUCAGAAGGACAAGCAAACGAUUUCAUCGAGUGUUAACACUUGGUUGGCCAUUGCACAGCGAUUAGUCAUGAUUGAUCCGAUGAUGAGCACACCAUCUAGAACCAGAAGUGAUCGAAAUACCUUGAAGUCGGGCUUCGAUUUGAAGAAAUACAUUGCUGUCGUUCAACGAGUAUGUUUGUGAAACGUUUUUGAAAUAUUUCUAUUUUAAAUUAUUUAUUUUAAUGAUAAUUUCUUGCAGGACGCACUUAAAGGAAUCAGUAUCUUGUUCAACGAUGCCGUGGAGAACACGAAAGACGACUGUAACUCUCUGGUCAUCAGCGAAGUUGACAUGAUUUUGUCAGUGUUAAAGGACCUUAUUCAAGGCAUUAGCACUUUGAAAAACUUGGAAAAGAAUGCUGGAACCAAACGUUUGGAGACGCUGACAGAUGAACUGAAUCACGACGACAUUAACACUUUGAUCGACAUGGGAUUCUCACGGGAAGAAGCUUUUUCAGCUUUGUGUGUUUGUAAUUCAGUUAGUGAUGCGGCCGACUUCUUGUUAACCGGCGACAGAAGGCCACAACAAACGGCUCCAUUAACCGGAAAUCAGCCUGUUGAGGAUGAACCACCAAAUGUUAACGAGCCUCAAACAUCGAACACAUUUGAUUUGGCCAAAGAAGAUGGAGUUGAUUUUGAGGUAGGUUUGUGGGAUAUUGUUAUGAUUAAUGUAACAUAUUCAGAGAUUGCAAAUUAUGUCAAUAACUAAAUGUUUUACUUCAGAAGUCUAUCAAAUACCUCUGCGACCAAGUCAUUCCUCUAUGCCUGAAGCUGCUUCAAAAGAGUUCGUCCAUAAUCUACAGCAUCGCUGAUCUGCUGAAGGUCUUUAUCCACGAUUCUGACAUGGCUGAGUGGCUGGAAGAGCGGAUGGUGGACAACUUGUUUGUGGCAAAGUACGACGAGUUCAUUUCGGCCUUAUUGGAGGAUUUGAACAAUGAAGAAGGUGUCACUUCGUUUGCCAGUCAUUGCCACCUCAUCUGUUUGUUGUGGUCUGGGUUUGACGACAGUUUCCUGAAGAAAAUCGAAAACCGAAACUUGUACUCGAAGUCGGUGGAUCUGUUGACUAAAAUCAUUGCGAAUGGAAUUACUGAUUCACCGUAAGUUUUAGGAACGUUAUAUAACUUUUUUUUAAGCGUCUUGGCUCCGUUGUUACUGUGGAUCGAUCUGCACGAGAAAGAGCGAGAACUUGUGGAACGAAAGAAGUUGUUUACUCAAUUUUCUGAGGGAUCGUUGUCGUGGUACUACUGGCCAGAGGAUGACAGAUAUAUGUCGUACCCGUUAACUUGGAAACCAUACACCCCGCUCUGUAACAACGAAAUCAAUAAUGCUUUCAAGAGCGGACGUACUGAAUGCAAGAUAAUUCAAGGUGACAAAACCUAUAACAUUGACUUGGUUGCCAUGACUCAAAAGAACCACGACAGGAACGGCCAAACAGUUGCCAUUUAUGGACAAACCAAGUUAAAGACGUCUUUCGACAUUAAAGAAUUCUUGGAGGCCGGAAAGAAUUUGACAUCGUCAGUUGAGGAAGCUCAGAAACUAGUCAAGUCUUUGAUUUCUCUGCUCCAGAAGUUGAAUAACGAUGAGAAUUCAUUCUCCGAAGUCGUAUUUUCGGUCAUCUCUCUUUUGCUACGUUUAACAGCUUUACCAGAAAUUGCCAAAAGUUUUAUCAAAGAAAGCGGAAUCAAUCUCAUACUCACGUUGCGCUGUUCGAAGCCUAACGCCUUGAUGACAUCGGUGAUUUGUUUGAUCUUGAGGAACUGUAUUGACAACGCUGAGAUGAAUAAGCUUCUUUUUACCGAGGUUAUGAACGAUUUGUCUGCUGGAGCUCCAAUUUGUGUAGCCGAUCUAACUAAACCUGUCAAUACGAAACAACGACGAUACCAAAAAGACUUCAGAAGGCUUCUAAGAUUACUGGCUCCUUUGGAAGCGCGAGAUUUGAAUGGCUUCAUCGAGAUUACAAAUAGUGGAUUUGGUUACAAAGAGAAUUUUGAGAUCGAUAUCAAGAAGAAGGAUGAUGUGACUGUAGAUCCUAGCAGUUACGAUUCUCUCCGGAAUGUAAGUUAACAUUAUGUUUAUCUGAGUUUGACGGAUUUUUCGCUUUGAAUAAUUUUAAUUAACUUAAACGUUUCAGGUGGUUGAGUGUGCUACGAACGAGCUGAUCAGUCAAGUCGAAAGUCCAGACGAAAAUAAGAGCAAAAUUCUCCAAGUUGGAAGCCUAAUGCAUUUUAUGGCAGAGCUUUGUCGCACGUACUCAGAGACUGCAAACUUGCUUCUGCUCAAGGAACACGAUGGGGUUCCAUUCUUGCGAUGGCUUCUGGAGAAUGUGAUGAUGGAGAACUUGAAGAAAAGCGAACUGCAGAUAUCGGGAAAGGCCAUCUUUGUCACUUUGCUGAACGUCAAGAACACUCCACAAGCCAAUGAAGCCUUGGCUGAUGUUAUUAAACAUACCCUGAAUUCAAUCGUCAAAAAGGCUCCAAGCCAAGACGGAUCAGAAACUGAGAAGAAGCUAUUUUGUGAAAAACUAACAGCUAUGUCAAGGUUUUUGUCACUGCUAAAGGAAUGUUCAAAGGUACGUUUAAGAUUUUACUGUGGUAUGUAGAGUAGUAUACGGAAAUUGUCUUUUAAAUAAAGUUUAUAUUACUGUUGCUUUUUUAGGUAAAGUCAGGUGGAGCCAACAGGGAUCAGAAGGAGCAAUACUUUAUUCGAUGUGUUGAUGCUAAAAACUUGUUGAUUUCGUUUGCACGGACCUUGUGGUUCUUACCAUUGAAGGAAUCGUACGUCGUGGAAGCCGCAAACUCUUUGCUGCGUGUCUUUGAAGAAUUCAGUAGAUCUGUUGGUGUGCUGGCUUCAUAUGACAAAAGUGUUGCUGCCGCUGCUGAAAAAGCGACUGCUUCACCUCAAGAAGAGUCAACUGCAACACCGGCAGUAUCUGGAGAGAAUCCACCAGCUGAACAAGCUCACGAGAACUCAGAAGCCGCUCAAGAAGCUCAGGAAGAAGAAGCAGCUUUGAACGAGGAAAAUCCUGAUGUAUUGGACCGGGUGAUGGCUGAAAUAGAAGAAGCCGAGAUUUUAUCGUACGGUGUUUUCGGUGACGAAGGAAACCCGGGAUUCGACAAUGCUGGAGAGGAAUACAAUGAUGUGCCUGGAUCACCAUCAAGAUCACAAUCGAGUUCGGACAGUUCUGACGAAGAGAACAAUCAACAAGGAGAACAUCAGAAUGCAGAGUUUUCAGAGGACGACGAUCUCAGAGAACCUUCACGACAGCUUAAUGUUAACGCUAUUGAUGCCGUCGGAGAUAGGAUUGAAGAUCAUUUUGACGCGCAUCAUGGUGAUGAGGACGAUGAGGUUGAGAUGAGAGAUGACACAAGACACGAUAGUCAGAAUGAACUGAAUGAAACUUAUGAUGUUGAGAACGAUGAUGACGCUGAAGGCGAGGACGACGAGGGCGAAGAUGAUGAAAUGGAAACAGAAGACGAGACGGCCGAAGAGGACGAACAAAGCCAAGAUGUUCAACAACCGUUCGAUCAGAGACUUGUAAGGCAUCACGGUGACAAUGUGAUUCCAGUCAAUCAGAUGGCGGGUCCUAGUGUUUUGUUCCAAGCGGCAGACAACGAUUUGAUGACGGCUUCCGUCAACUUCAUAACCGACUACAUCUCCAACUACUACAGGGGCGACGAAAGAAGACAACGUGAAGCUGAAUUCCUCAGAGGCCAUCCAAUUGACCGAAGCGAUUUGAGCUACAUUUGGAGAGCACCGUCCAGCUUCAUACCAGCCACAGGUAGUGCUGCUGGAACACUUGGUUCUUUUGGCACUGCUCGUACAGAUUCGUCGCAUCCCUUGCUUCGUCGCCCGCUACAGUUGGCUACCAGGAGCGGAGCAUCUACUGGCAGAACUGAAACUGACAUUCCAUUGUCUGCUGACAUUCGAAGUUUGAUCCCUGACGUAGCCAGCAGAAUGAACUACCCACAUGGCUUCAAUUUUACUGUAGAACCAACUGUUUCAAGGUUAAGAGUAAGUUUAUUUUACUACAUUUGGUUAUUGGUCUUAGAUUAUGUAUGAAAAUUAAAUUUGUUUUUUAGAAUCGCAACACUCACCGUCAUCACAUGACUUCACUGAGGCGUCAAGGAGCACUCAGAAACAGACUCUAUGGAUUUGGAAGAAUCAAUCCGGAAGAGCUGUCGUUCUUUGAAGGACAACUCAACAAUUUGCUGAACUUCACCGAAGGGGGAAAUGUCAGAUCUUUCGAGGGACCUGAACACACUCGAGAUGCUGCUUUGGACAGACGUACUGUAGAGUCUUUUGUUCCAUAUUAUUUGGACAGAGUGACUGACAUCACCCGUCUGUUGAAUUCACAAGCAGUCCAAUACAACAACAUCAUAAUUAUGUCUUAUAUGUUAGACAAGCUAAAACCAGAGCCAAAGAAGACGGAAAAGAAACCGGCCGCGGAGAUGGUCUUACCUAGGGCUUCUGGGAAUGGAACUGUACAAGGAAACGAAGAAGAUGAAGGACAGUCGGCUGGAGAAGCGUCGGUCGAUUCUUCCGAACUCUCACAUCGGUUUGCCAAUUUGGACCAGAAUGAAGAGUUGGAGGCAGCUGGUGCUUCAAAUGAGGAAUCAACUCUGGGAUCAGCUGACGGAAGUCAAACACCAGAAGCCGAUGUUUCUCAAAUGGACGUAUCUCAAGCAGAAGUUCCCGAAGUUGAAGCUGAAGGCGAUGCAGAAGAUGCAGCUCCAGCUGGACAAGCGCCAGAAAGUGCUAUGGAGUUGAACGUGGGUGCUGAAGAACCACCGGCCGAAGAACCUCAACCAGGUCCAUCAGGCCUUCAGAACGAUCAGUUCAGAAGCAUCUUGGGAGAUAUUGACAUCCCUGAAGGAAUCGACCCGGCCUUUUUGGCUGCUCUUCCUGAAGAUAUCAGAGGCGAGGUCAUCCGAGACCAUCAACGGCAACAACGACUUCAAAGAAUCAGUCAAGAGCAACAACGGCAACGCCAACAGACCUUGAGUUCGAGUCAAGGGAUUGCUGCUGAAGUCAGCGCCGAAGGAGAACCUCAGAAUCAGCCGGCUCACGAAGAUGAUAUGCUCGACCAAGACUUCUUGGCUGCUCUACCUCCAGAGCUUCAGGAAGAGGUACUGGCACAAAACGAACAAAGAAUUUCGGAAAGGAAUCAACAGAAUUCUCAAAAUGCAGCAAACCAGCCUGCAGCUGCACCACCUGCUGUAGAUCAGGUUGUGGAACAAGCUAGCGACGUGGUGGCUUUCUUUGAAUCACUGGCCCCUUCACUGCGAGCUCAGGUAUUGGCUGAUGCUGACGAUUCUGUUCUUGGUGUUCUCCCAGCAAACCUUGUAGCUGAAGCAACCAGACUCAGACAAAAUGUUGAACAUCAGGUAAGUCAUUUGAAAUAAAUUGCAACAGCAAUUCUGAAUGUUAUGUUUUUUAAGUUGUGGAAUAAAAUAAUGUUGUUGUUUUAGAAUCUGAUAAGAAUGGCAAGAACCCUGCCUGUAAACGGCCGCUCCGAGAACUGGCGUUACGCUGGGAUGUCCGUAGAAGAAUCGAACCACAACAGGGACAUGGUGCAGAUCUUUGACAAGGAAUCUAUUACCACGAUCGCCUUACUCUACUUUAUGGAACGAGACAAAUUCAACCUUCCCAGGUUCCAAAGAUUGUUCAAAGUCAUCUGUGGCCAUCCUGGAACUUGUGAUUUCGUUUUACGGUCACUGUUGGGAAUCCUUCAAGCAGCGAGCGACGAUUCUAUUGUAAUGAACGAUGCAGAGCUGUCAUCUAUAAUCUCCAAGCCUGAUUGGUUUUCCAACUUCAAAGUUCAUUCGGCUAUUCAAUCUCAAGAACAAGCUCUUGUCGUGACGAAGGAUAAGGGUAUGUUAAUUUAUAAUUGUUGAAUAUUAGACAGCGUUAGGCUUGUGCCACUUAUAAACUGUGUAGUUCCAAACCUUGAAUAAUGUUAUUUUAGUUUUCGUUAACAAAUUGAUCCGUACCGAGCUCUGUAGCCGAAUCCUGGACACAAUCUCUUCGUUGGCACGACAAUGCGCUAUCAACUUCUUCCCAUCACAAUUCAGAUUCCAAAACGACAGUAAGCAAACCUACGAUAAACCUCCAGCAUUGUCUGACUUCUGGGAGACCGUAAGGAAGAUGUCGGACUUGAUCAGCUCGUGCAAUGAAGACAAGAUCAUCAACGACAAGGACAAAGACAAGCUACCACAAUUAUCGGAUUCGAACUUCAUGAACUCGCCUUUUGGACUUCUACUGGCAUUUGCGACAGCUGAGCCUAUCGUAUCAUCGCCUCAGUUACAAGAAAAGGUUCUUAGGAUAUUCCACACGGUAAGUUUUUACUUUUAUGCUUUAAUUUAAGUUUGUUUUAUAUGGAUUUUGAGCGUAUUUUAUCUUUUUUCAGGCACUUCAUGCACCUGCUUUGUCGAAUGCCAAGACCAGAUUGGAGUUGGCCGCUGAUCCAUCACAAAAACAAUUUUUGAUGCUAAACUUGGAGAAAUUGAUCGUUGUAAGUUUGUUUCUUAAUUUUUUGACAUUAAAAAGGCUUUUUUACCAAAUCUUGUAGUUUUCUACGAAAUGUAUUUGUUUUAGGGCGUUAUGGAUUCUGUUGUGUACGAUGACUCCUUCAGAGAUUGCCGCAGCUUCCUCGUUCAGCUUCUUUACGUUUUUCCACAACUGCGAUUCGAUGUGUUUGUGAUACUGUUCGACAUUAUCAAGAAGCAGGGUAUCAAACUGUCCGAGAUGUUGGGUACGAUGAAGACGUCAUUUGAGAAGAGUGGAAAACUGUUGGAUGAAGAUGAGAAAGAACAGGCAGGAACUUCUGAAGCCGCUGAUAAGGUGCAGAACAAGUCAAAGAACAUGGCCCAGAAGGAGAGCUCUCCAAAGAGAAUGUUGCGAUCACUGAAUACAGUGUCAUUUGUCCGUUCCCAAUUGGCGGACAUGAACAAAAGGAAGAAGCCGGCAGAAGAUCUUACCAACGAUGAAUUCUUGGGUAAAGCCGCGGAAGAGAAGGAAGAAACCUUGCUCUACAAACUUCUGGAAGACUUGGACGAGCUCUGGAAGCUACUCAGUCAGUGUUUGGACUGUAUGAGCAAAGCCGAAGACAACAGAGCUGUAAUGAGUCUUCAAUAUGUGGCCGAAGCCUUCUUCUUGGCCCACGCUUUGACAAUUAACAGCUCUAACGAUGAUACACCGCCUGAAGCGUCCUCUACGGAAUUAGAAGCUGCACAGAGGCAAGAAUCAUCGGAUGCUUCAACUUCGGCUACAACGGCACAGGUUACACGGAAGAACUCGGUGCUCGCAAAUGAAGGGCCAGCUAGCAAAUUCACUCAAGGGAUGUUGGCAUUUGCUGGUAAGUUUAACUUUUUUGUUGUUUUAAAGUCUUCUAUAUUGUUUUACUUAGCGUAAAAAGCUCAAUUUCAUUUAUUUUUAGAGAAACAUCGCACCGUUUUGAACCAGAUCCUGAGAAGCAGCAACAACAAUGUGAUGGAAGAUAGUGCCUUUGCCGUUCUCACCUACUUCCCCAAACUUUUGGACUUUGACGUGAAGAGGAAGUACUUCUACAAGGAGAUAAGAAAGUUGGAAGACCGCACCCGCUUCAGACAAGACGACGUUCCAGUUCGCAUCAGGAGGUCCCACUUGUUCAGCGACAGUUUCAGAGAACUGUUCCGCCUGAGGUCGCAGGACUGGAAGUCGCGUUUUUACAUCAUCUUUGUGGGCGAGGAAGGUCAGGAUGCCGGAGGACUGUUGAGGGAAUGGUAUAGCAUCAUAACCCGAGAAGUCUUCAAUCCAAAUUAUGCGCUAUUUAUCACGGCUCCUGGAGAUGGUGUUACCUACAUGGUCAACAGACUGUCAUAUGUCAACCCGGAACAUUUAGAAUACUUCAAGGUAAUUAUUUUUAAUUUACGUGAAGAACAUGGUUGGGUUGUAUACCCUACAAUAAUAUCCAUUCUGUAAUUUUUGAACAAAUACUAAUUUUAACCAUUUUCAGUUUGUCGGCCGAAUCAUUGCCAAAGCCAUCUACGACAACAAACAACUGGACUGCUACUUCACCCGCGCCUUCUACAAACACAUUCUCAACGUGCCAAUCAGAUACCAAGAUAUCGAAUCAGAAGAUCCAGAGUACUACAAGAACCUGAAGUUCUUGCUGGACAACCCGUUAGAAAUCCUUGGAGUUGAUCUCCACUUCAACCUUGAAGUCGAAGAGUUUGGAGUGAGGACUUGGAGAGAACUCAAGGAAGGAGGUAACAAGAUCGUGGUCACGGACGAAAACAAGGAAGAGUACGUCAAGCUGGUGUGCCAGAUGAAGAUGGCCGGUGGCGUCAGAAAGCAGUUGGAUGCCUUUUUGUCCGGCUUCUACGAGAUUAUUCCAAAGAAGCUUAUCUCCAUCUUCAACGAACAAGAGCUCGAGCUACUGGUAUCUGGACUUCCAGACAUUGACGUCGACGACCUCUACAACAACACCGAGUACAAGCAGUAUUCACGGUCCUCACCUCAAAUUCAAUGGUUCUGGAGAGCGCUACGAUCAUUCGAAAAGGAAGACAUGGCCAAAUUCCUACAAUUUGUAACUGGCACUAGCAAGGUACCACUCCAAGGAUUUGCUCAUCUGGAAGGUAUGAACGGACCACAGAAGUUCACGAUUCACAUGGAUUCACGAUCAAACGACAGGCUACCGUGUGCCCAUACUUGGUAAGUUGAUAAACAUUUUAAUGCUUUUUACUUACUGUAAUUGAUUAAAGUUAAUGUUACGUGAGAGAAAAAGAUUAAAAGCAAUGUUGUAGUGGGCAUGUCAUUUUUCUUACCAAAUAUAUUUGUGUUUUUCAGCUUUAACCAACUGGAUUUGCCUCAAUACGAAAGCUACGACCAGUUGCGCCGACUUCUCCUAAUCGCCAUCAGAGAAUGCACGGAAGGAUUCGCUUUCGCCUAA